UUUUUUAUAGUUAAAGAAGAGAUUGGCGAAAUGGUUUAGAAGAAGACAUGACAACUUGGUACUUUUGGAGAGCUUGUGUACUUGUAUAGUCUUCUACAUUCAACGAAGUUUAGAAACCUCAACGUCGUCGUCCUCAUGAGCCAUUUCCUGAGAAAGUUUUCAGUUUCUAAGAGAAGCUCUCUCCUCCGGAUUGUAGCAAUUGCUACUGCCGGAUCGGGUCUGUUGUAUGCUAACAGCGACACAAAUUCCAGAGCAACAUUAGCAGUGAAAGUUCCUGUGCCUUUGCGGGAAUGGAAAAUUACACGAGACACAUUUCCUCGUCCUUGGUUUCUUUCAUUGAAUCACUGGCAAUUUGGAGUGCUUCCAUUAUUUUCUUCUAGAGUUGGUUCCGUUCCAUCAUCGGACAUAAAGAAUGAAGCCUCUCCGGCAGUUGGAGAUGACCCCAAGCCAUGUUGUAACUGCUUGGGCAGAGAUGCUAUUGCAAAUGCGGCUGCUAGGGUUGGUUCUGCUGUUGUUAACCUAUCGGUUCCUCAGGGUUUCUAUGGGAUUACUACUGGAAAGAGUAUAGGGUCAGGAACUAUAAUUGAUGAGGAUGGUACAAUUUUAACAUGUGCUCAUGUUGUGGUUGAUUUUCAAGGCAUUGGGGGUUCAUCCAAAGGGAAGGUUGAUGUGACUUUGCAAGAUGGUCGGACAUUCGAGGGUAUAGUGGUGAAUGCUGAUUUGCAUUCUGAUAUUGCAAUUGUAAAGAUUCAUUCUAAAACGCCACUUCCAAUAGCAAAAUUUGGCUCUUCAAGUAAGCUUCGUCCUGGGGACUGGGUUAUUGCCUUGGGUUGUCCACUUUCCCUUCAGAAUACCAUCACAGCUGGUAUUGUGAGUUGCGUUGACCGUAAAAGCAGUGACUUGGGCCUUGGCGGAGUACGGAGAGAGUAUUUACAAACGGAUUGUGCAAUAAAUGCGGGAAAUUCUGGAGGGCCCCUUGUCAAUGUUGAUGGAGAAGUAAUUGGCGUUAAUAUUAUGAAAGUGCUUGAUGCUGAUGGAUUGGGUUUCUCUGUACCAAUUGAUUCGGUUUGUAAAAUUAUUGAGCACUUCAAGAAAAGUGGAAGGGUUGUUCGACCUUGGCUUGGAUUGAAAAUGGUUGAUCUUAAUGAGAUGAUAAUCGCUCAACUUAAAGAAAGAGAUGCCACGUUCCCAAAUGUCAAUAAGGGCAUUCUUGUGCCUAUGGUAACUCCUGGAUCUCCUGCUGAUCGUGCUGGAUUCUGUCCAGGUGAUAUUGUGAUUGAAUUUGAUGGGAAGCCUGUUGAAAGCAUCAAGGAGAUUAUUGAAAUAAUGGGGGACAGAGUUGGAGUACCCUUGAAGGUACUUGUGAAAAGAGCUAAUGAUAGUUUAGCGACGUUAACGGUAAUUCCAGAGGAAUCCAAUCCAGAUAUGUGAAAAGAUAGCUACUCUGCUUUCCGAAACAUAUUUCUUGGUUAUAUUUUUUUGUAUUCUUAUUUUAUUGCGAAGAAAACAAAUGUACAGCAGCUGGUGAGUUUCAAUAAUUAUACUAUAGGUUUUUAGCUUUUCGUCCA